GCCAUGCCCGGCGCACCCGCGUCCUGCGCACCAAGCCUGUGGAGUCAAUGCUGGAGGGCACGGGGACCACUGCCACCCAGGGCGCCAGGCUGGCCAAGGUGCUCACCACCCUCGACCUCAUCUCCCUUGGCGUCGGGAGCUGUGUGGGCACAGGCAUGUACGUGGUGUCCGGCCUCGUGGCCAAGGAGAUGGCAGGGCCCGGGGUCAUUGUUUCCUUCAUCAUCGCUGCCGUUGCCUCCAUCCUGUCAGGCGUUUGCUACGCUGAGUUUGGCGUGCGGGUCCCCAAGACCACAGGCUCUGCCUACACCUACAGCUAUGUGACAGUGGGGGAGUUUGUGGCGUUCUUCAUCGGCUGGAACCUCAUCCUGGAGUACCUGAUCGGCACGGCCGCGGGCGCCAGUGCCCUCAGCAGCAUGUUUGACUCACUGGCCAACCACACCAUCAGCCGCUGGAUGAUCAACAGCGUCGGGACGUUGAAUGGACUAGGGAAAGGAGAGGAGUCGUACCCUGACCUUCUUGCUCUGGUCAUUGCUGUCAUUGUCACCAUCAUUGUGGCCAUAGGGGUGAAGAACUCAGUGGGGCUGAACAACGUACUCAACGUCAUUAACCUGGCAGUCUGGAUCUUCAUCAUGAUUGCUGGUCUCUUCUAUAUUAAAAGUGACAACUGGGCUGAAGGGCAAUUCCUGCCAUUUGGAUGGCCGGGGGUGCUCAAAGGGGCUGCGACGUGUUUCUACGCCUUCAUCGGCUUUGACAUCAUUGCUACCACGGGAGAAGAAGCGAAGAACCCCAACACCUCCAUCCCCUACGCCAUCACGGCCUCACUUGUCAUGUGCUUGACAGCAUAUGUGUCAGUGAGCAUCAUCCUCACGUUGAUGGUACCCUAUGAUGCCAUUGACACCGAAUCCCCGCUGAUGGAAAUGUUUGUGGCUCAUGGCUUUUAUGCAGCCAAGUUCAUCGUUGCCAUUGGGUCCGUGGCUGGCCUAACCGUCAGCUUGCUGGGCUCCCUCUUCCCAAUGCCGAGAGUCAUUUAUGCCAUGGCUGGCGAUGGGCUGCUCUUCAGAUUUUUGUCCCACGUCAGUUCUUACACAGAAACCCCUGUAGUGGCUUGUAUCGUCUCUGGAUUCCUUGCAGCGUUGCUCUCCUUGCUGGUUAGCCUGCGGGACCUGAUAGAAAUGAUGUCCAUUGGCACACUGCUCGCCUACACGCUGGUCUCCGUCUGCGUCCUGCUCCUCCGAUACCAGCCCGAGAGUGACAUUGAUGGCUUUGUCAAGUUCCUCUCCGAGGAGCACACCAAGAAGAAGGAGGGCAUCCUGGCUGACUGUGAGAAGGAAGCUUGCUCCCCAGGCAGUGAAGGAGAAGAGUUCACUGGCCCACCGACCAACACGUGUGGGGCAAAAAAUCUGCCUUCACUGGGGGAUAACGAGAUGCUAAUCGGGAAAUCCGAUAAAUCCACCUACAGUGUGAAUCACCCCAAUUAUGGCACAGUAGACAUGACCACAGGGAUAGAGGCAGAUGAGUCAGAGAACAUCUACCUCAUCAAGCUGAAGAAGUUGAUCGGCCCUCGCUACUACACGAUGCGGAUCCACCUUGGACUGCCGGGGAAAAUGGACCGACCCACAGUGGCCACUGGCCACACCGUCACCACCUGCGUGCUCCUGCUCUUCGUCCUCAUGUUCAUCUUCUGCUCCUUCAUCAUUUUUGGGGCAGACUACAUCUACGAGCAGAGCUGGUGGGCUGUCCUCCUCGUCGUGCUGAUGAUCCUGCUCAUCAUUGUGCUGGUGUUUGUGAUCCUGCAGCAGCCAGAAAACCCCAAGAAGCUGCCCUACAUGGCACCUUGCCUGCCCUUUGUCCCUGCCUUCGCUAUGCUGGUGAAUAUCUAUCUCAUGCUGAAGCUCUCCACGGUCACGUGGAUCCGAUUUGCCGUCUGGUGUUUUGUGGGUCUGCUCAUAUACUUUGGCUAUGGGAUGUGGAACAGCACGCUGGAGAUCAGCGCUCGGGAGGAGGCCCUCCACCAGAGCACCUAUCAGCGCUAUGAUGUGGAUGUCGACCCCUUCUCUGUGGACGACGGCUUCUCCUAUGCCACUGAGGGUGAGGGCUUCCCAGGCUGGGGUCCCUCUGAGGACAAGGGCUUCUCGUACCAGCAAAUGGCAGGAGCAAAGGAAAGCCAUCGGACGAGUAGCAGGUCGAAAAGCAAAGGCAGGCACAAACCGCCGUCGGAGGCUCUCAUCGCCAACGACGAGUUGGACUACUCACCCGAGUAG